UAUGAGGUUGUUGAAAGAAAAAUAAAACUUGCCACAAAAACAUUUUAUUCAUUCUUUACAUUCCCCAGAACUUUAAAAUAGAAUUUCAUACUUUGCUUGUGUAUACAUAGAAAGUAAAUAUUUCUUAUAAUUGUAUAGUCAUCUAUUUACAUGCCCUAUAAUGCUGAAUGCGUGGGUUGUGUUAAAAAAUAUUUUUAAGUAUUUUAGUAGAAAUGGAGUUGUUUGAAUUUCUCUUACAUUUUAGCUUCUGCAUAUUUUGGUUGUUAAGAUAACAUAAUGGGGGUUGAAAUCCAGACUAAAAAAUGAGGCCUUGGUAUGUCAUGCAGAAAGGUGUUGUGGUUUUUUUGUUGUUGUUGUUUGUUUUGUUUUUUUUACUUUUGCUUGUUUUAUGAAUAAAAGCUUGAAAAAUAAUCUCAUUCACACUCCAGUAUAAUUUUCUUUGAAAUUAAACUCACACUUUUCAUAAGUUGAAUAUAGAAAUAAUUAGAAUUGAUGGGAUGGUAGGAAGAAGUUUUAUUAAUAAGAAGACUACCAGUUGGUCAAAAUUAGCAAUAUAUCUUAUUUUUCAUAAUCAAAUCAUAAUAUGCUUUUUCAUUUCUAAUUAUGCUAUAAUGCGUCCCUGACAUUUUAGUGUACUACAUUUUUAAGUACCUUAAUGCUUAAGACAGUAUCAUAUUCUAUCUUAUUUCAUUGCUGCGUAUCCCAUAUCGUCAAUUAAAUUUUCCACCCCCCGCCUUUUUUGGUUAAUUGUUUUAAAGUGAACACCUAAGGGAACAUUAUUGUAUUUUUCUGUUUUCACAGUUCAUACCCUUGCUGGUUAUGAGUCUGAUGUCUCUCUUUUCAUUUUCUCUUAUUUAAAGGAAACGAUGCCAGGCAUAAAGCUAUGGAAACAGGCAAUCAAAUAUUUAACAUUAGCUAAAUGAAUGAACAUGGUGGCUAAUCCUUCCUGUUUACCUUGCAUUUUCAUAGCCAUCAUCACAGUUUUCCAGAAGUUGUGAAAUUACUGGGCUGAUUGUUUUAAGUAGUUUGGUGGUGCUUAGAAUUUUCAACAAUAAGAUAGUAUUAUUAAGAGAGCCAGUAGAUACUCUGGUUUCCACCUGUGACUGAUUUGUCUGGUGACUGUGGAGACCAGAUAUAUUUUCAAGAUGUGAAAGUACUAAUAGACUUUGAACUUCAUGAUAACAGAAGAAUUUUAAAAGUGUAAUUGUGGGAAGAUGGAGGAGUAUGAGAAGUUCUGUGAGAAUAGUCUUGCUAGAGUCCAGCAGGCAUCACUGUCCACGGAGAGCUUUCUACCUGUCCCAUCUGAAAACAUCUCACUUAUCCGCUUCCAUGGAGUGGCUGUGCUUUCUCCACUGCUUACCAUUGAGAGAAGGAAGGAAAUGCAACAAGAAAAGCAGAAAGCACUUGAUGUAGAAACAAGAAAGCAUGUAAAUAAGAAGAAAGAUUUACUGGCUCGUGUCCAGGAGAUUCUUGAAAAUGUUCAGGUUAGAAAAGCACCUAAUGCUAGUGAUUUUGAUCCAUGGGAGACUGAAACGGUUUACUCUAAUUCAGAAGAGAGAAACCUGAAUGUCCCUGCUAUGUUUCCAAAUAUCUUGCCAAGCCCUACUGAACACUCUACUUUAGGAAAGUCUGAAAAGAUAACUGGAAUUUUGCCACUGAAUAAUGAGGACCGAUUUAAAUUCAAUGGGAUAGACUUAGCUAGGGACUCAGAAGAAUUUAAUUCUCUGAAGCAGUGUGAUAUUUCAGAUAUUAGCCCUGUGGAAAACGAAGCUUCUGUAAAAACCCCCUCAGCAACUCCACAGGAGACUCUUACAUCUGAUGGUCUCUUGCCAACACAUGAAGAACCAGAUCCAUCACUUUCGAAAGUUACUCCAGAUCCCUACAUAAUGAGUCUUCAGAACCUGAUGAAAAAGUCAAAGGAAUAUAUAGAAAGAGAACAGUCUAGACGCAGUCUGAGAAGUAGUGCAAAGAGGAGUGUUAACGAGAGUCAUUCAGAUAAAGAGAAUGAUGCUGGUAAAGUGACUGACUAUGGAAAGGAAAAGGCACAGUUGGCUGGCAAACACUGUGGUUCAGUUAUUCCUGACAAACCAAGCCUUAAUAAAUCAAAUGUUCUUCUCCAAGGUGCUUCCGCUCAAGCAAGCAGCAUGAAUACAUCAGUUUUAGGUAGCUUUUCUAAAGUGGACAUACCUGUACGAACUGGCCAUCACACUAUUUUAGAUCCUGAUUCUGAUUUUAAAGUCAUUCCCACUUUUGUUACCGAAAAUAAUGUUAUCAAAAGUCUUACUGGUUCAUAUGCCAAAUUACCUACUCCAGAGCCAAGCCUGAGUCCUAAAAUGCAUCGAAGGCAUUCUAGACCAUCAUCAGCAUGUCAUAUACUUAUAAAUAACCCAAUAAACGCCUGUGAGUUAAGUCCUAAAGGAAAAGAACAGACGAUAGACUUAGUUGUUCAAGAUACUGAGGAAAAAACACAAAUACCUGAAACUGUGCCAAAGUUACCAGUUGAUUUAGGAGUUUGUUCAAGCAAGGUUUAUGUCACCAAAAAUACAUCUGAAGCCAUACAGGAAGUGGUUUUAGGUAAAUCAAAUCAGGUAUGUCAGUCUUCAGGAAAUCGCCUAGAAAAUAAGGUUAUUCAUGGACUUGAUGUCAUGGAAGGUCACUUAACAUGUGAUGGGAGAGGACCACACAAAAUGGAUAGUAUAUGUACUGCGAUGCCAAGAUCGCAUGAGCCGUAUGCCACCGGUCAGUGUGUAGUGAGUCAAAACUUUGGACCCAUGAGUGCACUCAAGUCAGCCAAUGUGUUAGAGAAAAACUCCUGCAAUUUACAGAUGGAACUGAAUAAGUCUUAUGAUGUAAAAAACCCAUCUCCUUUACUGAUGCAAAACCAGAACACCAGACAACAGAUGGACACCCCUACAGUGUCCUGUGGAAAUGAACAAUUUUUGGAUAACAGUUUUGAGAAAGUUAAACGGAGACUUGAUUUAGAUAUUGAUAGUUUGCAAAAAGAAAACUGCCCUUUUGUCUUAACAACCGGAAUAACUGAACAGGAAAAGCAACAUUUGCCAGAAAAAAGAUACCCUAAGGGAUCUGUCUACAUCAACAAGAAUAAAAUGUUAGAAAGUAGUUCCAAAGAAGGCGAGGAGAUAUUAAAAAGCAAGAUGUUAGCUUUUGAAGAAAUGCGGAAGAGACUAGAAGAACAGCAUGCCCAGCAGUUAUCACUACUCAUAGCUGAGCAGGAAAGGGAACAGGAAAGAUUGCAAAAGGAAAUAGAAGAACAGGAGAAAAUGUUAAAAGAGAAGAAGGCAGCUGAAGCCUCUGAAUUGGGCAUUCACAGUGCAGUGGACUUAGAAUGGAGAAAAGUGAGUGACUCUGGUUUGCUGGAAACAAUGCUGUCUCAAGUGGACUCACUCCAUACUUCAAAUUCAAAUAGUUCUGGUUUCACGAACUCUGCCCUACAGCAUAGCUUUGGUUCUGCAAAUGAAGCACCUUUCUACCUCUGGGGAUCAUCAACUAGUGGCUUCACCAAACUCUCAGUAACAAGGGCUUUUGGAAGGGCCAAAACUAAAUGGUCUCAGGUUUUCAGUCCAGAAGUACAAACAAAAUUUAACAAAGUAACUGCAGUGGCAAAAGGAUUUCUAACUCGUAGGCUUAUGCAGACAGAUAAGCUAAAACAACUUCGCCAAACCGUAAAAGACACUAUGGAAUUCAUAAGAAGCUUUCAGUCAGAGGCACCAUUAAAGAGAGGAGUCGUCUCGGCACAAGAUGCUUCUCUUCAGGAAAGAGUGUUAGCUCAGUUGCGAGCUGCCCUGUAUGGUAUUCAUGACAUAUUCUUUGUAAUGGAUGCAGCUGAGAGAAUGUCUAUUCUCCAUCAUGACCGAGAAGUUCGGAAAGAGAAAAUGCUCAGGCAAAUGGACAGAAUGAAAAGCCCACGAGUGGCCCUGUCAGCUGCAACACAGAAGUCUCUCGAUAGGAAGAAAUACAUGAAAGCUGCUGAAAUGGGAAUGCCAAAUAAGAAAUUUCUGGUUAAACAAAAUCUUUCUGAAACAAGAGUCCUUCAGCCAAACCAAGGACAGAAUGCACCAGUUCAUAGGCUACUUAGUAGACAAGGAACCCCUAAGACAUCAGUGAAGGGGGUUGUGCAAAAUAGACAGAAGUCUUCACAGAGCAGAGUGCCUAACAGAGCGCCUGUUUCAGGAGCAUAUGCAGGAAAAACCCAAAGAAAGCGGCCAAAUGUUGCGACAAUUUAAGAAGACAACAUUCGUUAGGAUAACCAAGGGGUGGAUGGGAGGUUUCAUGCAUACGGUUUUCCCUGCCCAGGACUUUUCAUUUAAGCCUGGACUGUUUACACAGGCAAAGUGACAUCAAAGGGCUGAGCAAUUAUCUGGGCAACUUGAUCAGUCUGGUUAAUUCCUUCCCUACACCGUCAUUUUCCUCUUAAUGUUAGGUUUGGGUGAAGGCACAUUAGUAUUUAGUAAUUGACCAUCUCUUUGCUUAACCUGUACAAACCUAAGUUUGUUUUCUGUAGCCAGAUGUCUGCAGAGAACGUUUUUGUAAACUUAAAGGGCAUUUGGAUUUAUUUCUAUAAAAUGUCAAAAAGGUGUGAUAAAUUACAAAUUAAGUUCUCAAAUACAAAUUUCAUUCAUCUCUGCAUACUGAUUGCUAAAUUUGAUAAGUUAGAUACUGUUGUAUUUGAGGGGAAAUUACUGCAGAAGGAUGUUUUUCUCCUGGUUUAUGUAACUUUAAAAACUGAUUAACCUCUCAGUCUUCAUAUUCUUGGAUUUACGGGAUAACCACAUAGGAGAAAACACUCGCCUGCUGAUUGUGGUCCACCCCAACUUUACCAUAGAAGUGGUUGGGGGCCACUGCUUUGAUCAAAAAUACAUUCCUCUUAACAGCUAGUUGUCUUGUGCAGAUAUGUUAGGUUUAAUGUAUGUUACCCCAGUACUCUUGGAAACACUUCUCCUAAAUCAUAAAAUCUUUCUAUGGAGGGUAAAAAAUUAGGGGAGAUAGCACAAUCUUCUGGAAUGUAGUAGCACCUAGGAGUGAAUCAGUGCAUCCAUUUCUGUAAAAUAGAGUAACACUGCAUGCGCUUCUGUUUUCUUGGUGGUCUGCGUCUUGUCUUUCUUCAUGGUCUGCUCUUUGUAGCUUGCUUGAUUUAGGAGAGACUAAAGGGCUAUAUAACAAGUUCAGAUUUGCAGAUGGAACAGGAAUAUUGUCAAGCUGAAGUUACGCAUUACUGAGGAGGCACUGUCAUUUAAGGUUUUCAUCACUGACAUAUUCAUUUAAAAUACAAACCAAAAAAUGUUACCAAGGGAACAUGAUUUUAUGAAAGUGAAUGCCACUGUUAAUUUAUCAUACCAUUUCCAAAAAGGGCUUUGUGCUUCUCACAUAAAAUCGGGACUGUGUACAUUUACUCUUUCUAACUUGAAUUUUAAAAUGAUACUGGUAUUUUGAAAAUGCAGACUGUAUAUAUUCUUAAUAUCCUUUGAAGAAGGUGGAGAUAAAGAUUGUUUUCUCCAGUUUUCGGCCCUAUUUAAAAGUUAGCUAUUACAUCCAGCUGUAGACCGUAAUAAUCUACCCAGGGUGUAAACUUGAUUUUCUUUAUUGCGAUGUAUCAUUUGUUGAGUGAGUGAGCCAGGAAAUCAGAAGGCGGUCAAAAAUGUCUGAGUUACUGAUAUAUUCUUUAUAAAGUAUAGCAAAAUAUCUUAAUAUGAUAAAUUGUGCUUUAUCAUUCUGAAAACUCAGGAUACAGCUUACUCAUAUCAUUGUGGGUCUUUCCAGAAAGACAGAUACUUCCAAAUUUUGUGUGCACUAAUGCAAAUUAGCUAAAAAAAAAUAGUUUGUUUUGGAGAAAGUUAAAACUAGCUUUAGAUUAAGGUUGACAAACUUGAGUGUUGUUUUUUUUAAAGAUAAAAGCCUGUGUGUUUUACACAUAUUUUAAUGUUCACAGCUUUUCCUCAUAAAAGUGCCAGACAUUGUUUUGUGCUUUUGAUGGAUUUUUAAUUUAUAUACAUUAUUUUUGUUACUUUUACUUUGAGUGGAAUGCCCAUUAAUGUAAAUUGUAUUUAUUUUUAUACUUUAAUUUUCACUAGUUUUGCUUCUAGGCAGAAGGCAAAAUAAACUUUUCAUCUUAAAAGAAA